AGAAACCCAGAAAAACCCACGAAAGCUCUUCUUCGGAAACCCAAGAAUCCUGCAAGUCGUCGAAGAAUUUUCACGAAAUCCAUCGGUAAUGGGUAAGCGCUGGCGAACGGAGAUCGCCAAGAUCGCCAAGAUCGCCGACCCGGCGGCGCGGCUCGUGACUUACUCGAAGAGGCGCAAGGGCCUCUUCAAGAAGGCCUCCGAGCUCUGCCGCCUCUGCGGCGCUCGCGCCGCCAUCAUCGUCUUCUCCCCCGCCGGCAAGCCCUGUUCUUUCUUCAGCGACCCCUCCGUGGCAGAUGACGUAAUUGCCGACCACGUCGACGCGGUGCCGCCGAUGGGUUUGACCGAGUGGGCGGAGUGGAUUGAGAAGGAGUGGGAUUCUUGCGAGGCGGAGGAGGACGUGGAGUCCCUGAUCUCGAAGUACGACGCCGUUCGUGAUCUUGUGGGCGAGAAGUUGUAAAGUCUGGAG